CUGAAACCAACCAAUCUUGAUCGUCUGGUUCCAGCUAGCAUAUUACAGGAAAUUAAAAUUUACACUGAACACGUAGGCUACUGUUCAGUCAUCGCCUAUUAUUAUUAAGGCUACUUGUGAUUAUUUAAAAGCAACUGCAAUAAAAUGUUUCCUAGUUUAAAUAUUAACACGCAAUUGAUUCCACCGUGCACUGUUGCUAUCUCGCUUGAUAGACUCAGUCAGCUCGGGCUUGUUUACGUAAACAGUUGCCUUUCGUUUUCGGGUAACGUAUGUUAGUUUCGUUUUUCAGUAAGCGCUGUCCUCCAGAUCAGAUUGAUAUUUCUCUGUAUAUGCUACGUACUUAUAAGUAUAUAUUAUAAUAUGUAACACGGUUCAUGAUGCUGAAGAGAGCGAUGUUUCGCUGUGGACAGCUGUGUUCGCGUGUGUUCGCGGUGGAGUUUGACCUACGCACUGAACCUCUUUAUUUCACGCUGAGCUCAAACCCGCAAGAGCUUCAUCAGGCUCAUGAGCAGCUCUUUGGAGGCGAUGAGAAACUCUUCUCGCUACAUGUCCACUUGUGACAUCAAUCAAUCAAUCAAGUGGAGGAGUCAGUGAGGCAGUACGUCACACCUGCAGCAGCAGCAGAGCAUCACCCGUCCACACUGAACAUCACGAGCUCUGAUGUCUACUACUGCAUGAUUGACGCCUAUGAGGUUCUUCAGGAGUGCACUGACAUUAUCCCUGAGUCAAAGGAAGUGCUGAAGCUUGUACAUGAACAGUUGGAGACCAGCAGGGGUGAUGCAUUUCCUGUCAUUGUGAUCGAGGGACUGGAUGCCACAGGUAAAACUACUCUCACAGAAGCCCUGCGAGAGUCUCUGAAUGCUUCUCUGCUGAAUUCUCCUCCCCAGUGCCUAGCUCCUUUCAGACUGCGCUUUGACUCAGAACCACCCCUCAUCCGCAGGGCCUUUUACGCUCUGGGGAACUACAUCACCGCUGCCCACAUCGGGAAAGAGUCCUUGAGGGCUCCUGUCAUAGAGGACAGGUACUGGCACAGCACAGCAGCGUAUGCCAUUGCCACAGCAGUUGGUGGAAGAGUUGAAAACAUCCCAAAGCCAGGCUCAGAGCUCUACCAGUGGCCAGAAGACCUGCUCAAACCAAACCUGGUGCUGCUCCUCACAGUCAGUCCAGAAGAAAGACUGAGAAGACUCAGGGACAGGGGACAGGACAAGACCGUCGAGGAGGCUGAACUAGAGAUCAAUCAGCUCUUCCGACUUAAAGUGGAGGAAGCUUACAAGAGAAUCCAGAAUCCUGCCUGCAUCAUUGUGGAUGCAAGCCCCUCUCCACGAGAAGUGCUGCAACAAGUGCAGCAUUUAAUUAGGAACAAAUGUCACUUGUAAACAACCAGCUCUCUACCCGACGAGACAAGAAGCCAUGCAAUCUCUCCACACACCACUAGAUGGUAGUGUAGUGUUACGAUUCCACCCCCAAUAAACUAACUCUACUGUUAGAGCCCCAGUCACAGUCAGAUGAGCCUGGUGAUUGAAAGGGAGGCUGGUGGCUAACUGCCAGCAUAUAUUUCAGGGCUAGUAUCUAGACAUGUCAGAGCAUAUUCCCCUGCCCACCGAGCUUUAGUGAUGACACGAGAGGGUAAGUUAUUGCGGGUGCCGUGGCAGGAUGUCAGCUCUCAUACGCAGGGUCACAGCAUGCACUUUCCUCAUACUGACUUAUUCCCAGCGAAACACAGGAACUCAGCUAAAGAGGUUGGAGAAUUUAUCAAUCACUUCAAUUAGAUUUAAACACAAGAACUCAUUGUUGGUCAGCUUGAUGUUCACUCCUUUAGGAGAUGGAAUCAAGGGACCUCAUGGAGAUAUUAAAAGCAAUAGAUCUACAGGCAGUUUAAACUUGCUUUGAUUUGUUGCUGUUGCUUUUGGACACAGAAUCUGAUUAUUAAUUAAGAGUGAUUUGCUAGGACAAAAGUGUACACUUUAACUCAGCUUUCAGUUCCAGAUUCCUUAAAGUCUGUUUAUUAUCCUAAAAUAAUCAGCCAAGAAUAAAUUGUAAUCUAAUAUAAAUCUUUUAAA